AUGCUCUGGGACGCUGGGACCCCCUGGAAGCCUAGAAAUGUUAUAUGUUCUCAUUUUGCCCAAGACGUUUGGUCAGAGCAGAGCAUAAAAGAUUCUUUCCAAAAAGUGAUACUAAGAAGGUAUGAAAAAUGUGGACAUGACAAUUUGCAGUUAAAAAAAGGCUGUGAAAGUGUAGAUGAGUGUCCAGUACACAAAAGAGGUUAUAAUGGACUUAAACAAUGUUUGACAACUACCCAGAGAAAAAUAUUUCAUUGUGAUGAAUAUGUGAAAUUCUUGCCUAAAUUUUCAAAUUCAAACAGACAUAAGAUAAGGAUAAGAGAUACUGGAAAAAAACCUUUUAAAUGUAUAGAAUAUGGGAAAGCUUUUAACCAGUCUUCAACCCGUACUACAUAUAAGAAAAUUGAUACUGGAGAGAAACGCUACAAAUGUGAAGAAUGUGGUAAAGCCUAUAAGCAGUCCUCGCACCUUACUACACAUAAGAAAAUUCAUACUGGAGAGAAACCCUACAAAUGUGAAGAAUGUGGCAAAGCCUAUAAGCAGUCCUGUAACCUUACUACACAUAAGAUAAUUCAUACUGGAGAGAAACCCUACAGAUGUAGAGAAUGUGGCAAAUCUUUUAACCACCCCGCAACCCUUUUUUCACAUAAGAAAAUUCAUACUGGAGAGAAACCAUACAAGUGUGAUAAAUGUGGCAAAGCCUUUAUUUCAUCCUCAACCCUUACUAAACAUGAGAUAAUUCAUACUGGGGAGAAACCCUACAAAUGUGAGGAAUGUGGCAAAGCUUUUAACCGUUCCUCAAACCUUACUAAACAUAAGAGAAUUCAUACUGGAGAUGUACCCUACAAAUGUGAUGAAUGUGGCAAAACCUUUACUUGGUACUCAAGCCUCUCUAAACAUAAGAGAGCUCAUACUGGAGAGAAACCCUACAAGUGUGAAGAAUGUGGCAAAGCCUUUACUGCAUUCUCAACUCUAACUGAACAUAAGAUAAUUCAUACUGGAGAGAAACCUUACAAAUGUGAAGAAUGUGGCAAAGCUUUUAACUGGUCCUCAGCCCUUAAUAAACAUAAGAAAAUUCAUAUUAGACAGAAACCCUAUAGCAAAGAAUGUGGAAAAUCUUUUAAAUGUUCCUCAACCCUUAAUAAGCAUAAGAUAAUUCAUACUGGAGAGAAACCUGAUGAAUGUGGGAAAGCCUUUAACCAGCCCUCAACUCUAUGAGAAUUUAUAUGGAACAUAAACCUUACAAAUACAAAGAAUGUGACAAAGCUUUUUAUUACACAUAAUUUAUAGUGGACAGAAACCCUACAAGUUUGAGUUUCGCUCUUGUCACCCAGGCUGGAGUGCAAUGACAUGAUCUCGGCUCAUGGCAAC